UUAUUUUGCUUACCGUAACUAACUUUUUUAAUGUAUUUAUUUAUAUAAUCUUCGAAUAAUUGUUAUAAAAUGUGUAGCAUAAAAGAUUUCGUAGGCAAUUGUGACAACUGCAGUGACGACAGGUAUUUUUGAAAAUGCUUCCAUUGGAAAAAGAGACAUGUAUAAAUUUUUGUCAGAAAUUUCUUUACUUAAAUCUGACAUUACAUUGUACGUCACAACUGAGGAUCUGUGAUAUUCAUAGCAAUAUUAUCAUCGAAACAACUAACAAGAGUUAUAGAAGGAAAAAUUGUGGUGUGCCUUCAGUAAAUGUCAUUUUGAAAUAUCAUAUUACUACAAAAUCAGUGGAUCGACAUGUUACACCCGAGAUGUUGCAAAGAAUUGUUACAAAGACAGGCAUUUUCAUUCCUAUUGGAACAUCAAUUUGUAGACUGUGUAGAGAAAAACUAUUUGGAAAUAGCAGUAUUGAGCAUGUUGAGGAGGAGAACACUAUUGAGACAAAUACAAAGAACAAGAUUGCAGAAGCUGAAAUACUACCACCUUAAAGAA